UGUGCUACACAGUCACUCUGAAACUCUCGUGUUGCGGUUACUCAAGGGACGGCCUCCCUCCCCACAUUAAUACUUUAAAAUAUUACCCGCAUCAACUGCAACUCAUUUGGACCGAUCUGGUUUAUCUUGUUCUCACAAAGCGGCGCAAUAAAUGGUUAAGGUUCCAAUGCGGUAUGAAUACAAUUGACCAGAUCUUACAUGAGGACUGGCCUGCGCCGUGCUCUCUUGUCUUUAUGGUGUGGAGAGCACUUGUGGCAACGUGUAGUAGUCCAGCCUGUCUGCAUUGCGUCGAAUCUCCCUCCUCUCUCCCACUCUCUCAUCCCUCCUCCUCUGCCCCCCACCCCAUCCCGUGUGUAUGCGAAAUCCAGCCAUAUGCUUUAACGCUGUUAAUGAGUUAUUUUUCCUUCCGCGUAUUGAUUACCUCGUUCUUCCCCCCCGAGUCCUCCCUUCGUUCUCCGUAAGUAAGCAGGGAUACUAGUGCACCUUGAGACUUCCGUAUCUUGUCUGCGUCAGAUAGGGAGGAAAAAAGCCAUCCAAUUUCUGCUGAUGUGGCAACGUCGAGUAAUGGCAAGAGUACGCUUAUUGCCCCUUAAUAUAUGCAGCGCUCUCAAUCGCGCCAUCAUAUUGUCUCUCGCUGCGUAGCACAUCUCGCUGAAGUGCAGCCUGGCUAGGGUCAACAGACCUUAGCAGAUCUCCUCGCGUUGUCGUUUUUUUCCCCCCCUUCAUCCUUCUCUCGCCGUCGUUUGCGCUUUCCUUUCUCCAUCCAGCAUGGUUUUAUAUCGCCUGUAUAAGGAAUUUAAUCUUCCGCGAUUUAAGCGUUUUUGAUACUUGUUUGCUGCUGUCGCAGUUAAGAAGCCAAUGAAACCAAAACGCCAAGGAUGUUUGCGAGGACAAUAUAGUCUAUUAAUAUAUCAGGAAAGCACAUAGGCUAUUCAGCGCGCUGGGAAGUGAUAGCCAUAUUACAAAGCAGGGACUGUAAAGUUACAGCGUCGACUGACUGAAGCCCCAGACUGGACGCAUUCCUAUACACUGCCUGCCAAGAUCAUCCACAGAUGCAUAGAAAGGCAAUGGUCGAGUCUGCGAGAAACACAAGGGGACCGCACUGAGGCAAAACAAGUUUCCCUCUAUCGCAAGACAAAGACUUUAAUGGAAAGAUAGGAACUGGAAGAGAGACCCACGACAGGGACUGCAUGCCUGUUCAACCUGGCUAAACCGAUAACCGCACCCCCGCAGCGCGCCGAAUUCUACCUCCGGGAUGACCGUAGUGGCUGGAGACAACAUGGACGAGACCUCGACUCUGCCGGGGCACCCACAGGACACUUACCCCCCUGACCACGACGACCACGAAUGCUGUGAGAGAGUAGUCAUCAACAUAGCGGGGCUGCGCUUUGAGACUCAACUGAAAACCCUUGCGCAGUUCCCCGAGACGCUGCUGGGUAACCCGAAGAAAAGGAUGCGUUACUUUGACCCCCUGAGAAACGAAUACUUUUUCGACAGAAACCGCCCGAGUUUCGACGCCAUCCUCUACUACUACCAGUCCGGUGGUAGGCUGAGAAGACCGGUCAACGUCCCUCUGGAUAUGUUCUCGGAAGAGAUCAAGUUUUACGAGCUUGGGGUUGAGGCGAUGGAAAAAUUCCGGGAAGAUGAAGGGUUCAUCAGGGAAGAGGAGCGCCCUUUACCUGAAAAAGAAUUUCAGCGCCAGAUCUGGCUUUUGUUUGAACACCCAGAAAGCUCGGGACCCGCGAGAGGGAUUGCUAUAGUAUCUGUCAUGGUCAUUUUGAUUUCCAUUGUCAUAUUUUGUUUGGAGACUUUGCCCGGACUGAAAGAGGACCCUGAGGGUCAUUUGCAAGUCAUAGGGAACAGUACCUUCUACUAUAAACCAAAUAUCUUGACCGACCCCUUCUUUAUUGUGGAGACUCUCUGUAUCAUUUGGUUCUCGUUUGAAUUAAUAGUGCGGUUUUUCGCCUGCCCCAGUAAGGCGGCCUUCUUUAAAAAUAUGAUGAACACUAUCGAUAUAGUGGCCAUUAUUCCCUAUUUUAUCACAUUGGGUACGGAGCUGGCGGAAGACCAAGACAACAAAGAGGUUAAGGGAGAGCAGGCGACUUCUCUGGCUAUCCUCAGGGUAAUCCGACUGGUCAGGGUGUUCAGAAUCUUCAAGCUAUCGAGACACUCGAAGGGGCUGCAGAUAUUGGGGCAGACCCUCAAAGCCAGUAUGCGUGAGCUGGGACUUCUCAUUUUCUUCCUGUUCAUCGGCGUCAUCUUGUUCUCCAGCGCCGUAUACUUCGCCGAAGCCGAAGAGAGCGGGUCCCACUUUAACAGCAUUCCGGACGCGUUCUGGUGGGCAGUGGUAUCCAUGACAACCGUAGGCUACGGAGAUAUGUUCCCCGUGACGAUAGGGGGCAAGAUCGUGGGCUCCUUGUGCGCGAUUGCUGGUGUAUUGACGAUUGCGCUUCCGGUGCCUGUCAUCGUCUCCAACUUUAAUUACUUCUACCACAGAGAGACCGAAGGGGAGGAACAGGCGCAGCUUUUAAAUGUAAGCACCCCGAACAUCGCGUCUGACAGCAAUUCAAGUCGCCGCAGUUCGUCUACCGUCAGCAAGUCGGAAUACAUGGAGAUCGAUGAGGACAUAAAUAACAGCAUUGACAAUUUUAGAGAGGCAAACCUCAGAACUGGAAACUGCACCAUAGCCACCCAAAAUUGUGUUAACAAAACCAAGCUGCUAACUGACGUUUAGGACCGUAAUUAUAGCAGCCACUGGACUCAGGUGACACCGUCACUUAUUGUAUAUUCUGUAAUCAUAUCUGAAUGCUUUAUUUAUCUCGUUAAUGCGUUAUUGCAUUGCGAUUAUUAAGCUCAGCGAUAACAAAAGACAGACAAAAGAAAACGCUUUCCAAAUGCGUGAAAGAUUAAUAUUUUAAUUUAUUUUCAAAUAGGUUCCUUCCAAGUACUUGUUGGUGCAAUCGUUUAACUAAGGUGGUUAAACAAGACUUUGUACAACAACCCAACAACCCCGGACUUACACGAAUUGCUUGUCAGAACAGACGACUUUAUUAUUUAAAAAUUAUAUGUAUUGCAUGGACUGCAGCAGGUCGCGCUUAGCCUGGAAAAGGCGUCUCUGAGUUGUCAGCUCUGCUGCAAUGCACGCGUCUGCGGCUAUCGAUCAACGUGCUCGUUUGUGACAGAUGACGUCAUAACCCCAGAUAUACUGACCAGCCAAAUGCACCUUACCAGAAAAGAAAAUAAAGACUGGUCUCUUGCUGCAAAUAAUAUGUCUCGAAGACAUCUGCAGUGCUGCUAAUUUUUUCGCAGAUGAUGUAAUUUAAGAUUUUUUUUUACGCGGGAACCUGUAAAAUGACAUGCCCUUUACAUGCUAGA